AUGGGCUUUAAGAGGGAUCCGAAUAUAACUUAUUACAGCAAGAUCAAAAUGAAAAGAACGAAAUCACCAUCAACAUCAGACGGCUCACCUUAUCAGAGUGAUACCAAACAAACAGAUCAUAAGAAAAGAAAAGUGUCGCAACCAGAUAGCUUAAUAAUGCAGAGCCUAUUUGUAGAAAUUAAGGAAAAUAAGUGA